GAGUGUGAAGGAGCGCAGAGAUGUUGGUUGCUCACAAAGGACGAAUGUCGAUUCGACAUAGUUAUUCGAGUCUCUACCGCCUGAGCCAUGCAGCCCUUCUCCCUCCCCAAUAGAGUUCCAGACGGCGUUUCAUCAUGGUCGCGGUUACCGCCCUGUGCCGCAGCGAGGCCGCGUCUGGUAAAUGAAAAUUGACACGUCGGCGGGGAUCAGGGGGAUGGGUGCUGAUGGGUGCUGACUGUAUUCAAUGCAAAGAUAUUUAUCCCCAGCCGCGACGGCUUCAUGGUGCAUUUCUAGCCUUUCCGUGACCUGCCUUCGAAAGCGCACAUCAGACGUCUGCUCUAAGCAUGGCACCCGCCAUGGGCGCCUGGAUCCUGACGCUCGCCCUCGCGACCUCGUGGUACUGGCCUGGCGCCGAAGCCGCAUGUUACUACCCGAGCGGGCGGCUCUCGCCCAACGACACCCCGUGCCGGGACGACACACCGCACGCAACAUGCUGCGGCCAGGGCUACGCCUGCCUCUCCAACGGCAUGUGCCAGGCCACGGGUGAAGAGCUGGCGCAGUCCGGUGCCAGCGAGUUCGUCCGGGGCGCCUGUACCGACGAGACGUGGCGGAGCUCCAGCUGCCCGCUGUUCUGCAUCGAGAAGGACGUCGACUUCCUGGACGGCGGGAACGGCGUCGCGAAGUGCGAGAACACGGACGACGACCUGUACUUUUGCAUCAACUCGCGCUCGGCGGAGGAAGCGAGCUGCGAAGAGAACAGGAAGCUGCUGUUCUUUGCCGGAACCCCGUCCGCCAUCACGACCAUCGGCGUCGAACCGACGACAUCCUCAACCACUUCCGCGUCGUCAUCCGAGACCUCUGAUUCCUCAUCCUCCACGACCUCUGAACCCGACUCGUCCACAUCCCAGGACAGUUCGACAUCAACCCCACCUAGGCAAAGCGAAACUGCGAGCGGGUCCGACACGCAAGACGAGGGGUCUUCAGGAUCUACCAACCUAGGCCCCAUCAUUGGUGGCGCAGUCGGGGGGACGGUGGUUCUGGCUCUCAUUGUGUUGGGCGGGUGGUUUCUCGCUCGGAAGCGGCGAGCUAUCAGUGGGAGUAACAGCCAAGCCGGCUACGGCCACGGCAACGACCACGGCAAUGCCAUGAGCGUGGGAGUGCCCAGCAGCUACCAACCGCCGGGAGAACAAAAGCUGGCGUUCGGCGACACGCAAGUUUACCAAGACGUUUACCAUGACGAAACGUACCAAGCACAGGUACCGCCGAGCGCUGUACCACCGAGCGCGUGGAGCUCCGAGGCGCAGAACACUCCGUACGGUGCUUACGAGCUAGGGUCACAUGAAGCCCGGCCGCCACCUAGCAGGCCGCCGAUGGAACUAUCUGUGGACCGGCCCCUGGAGCUACCUACGGGGCAUCGAUGACACUUCGGGGUUUAUAGGGGAGGAUAUGUAUAUACCACGGUAAUGCAAACUAUACGGCUCGA